AUGGAUCCUGAAUUACCCCCAGCCACCAAUCCCCGGACCAUGCUCCGACCAGAAGACGCCUCACGAUUGGGACGGCCUCUUCGCCAUGACGAUUCCGACAGAGCUCGAGCCGCGAGCGAGCACACCAGGUUGAAUGUUGAAAGAGGAGGCACCGCCCUGAAUGCGGAGGAUUCUUCCCCCCAGGCGGAGGAAAGGACGGUGGCACAAAACAAUGUCGGUCGCGAACCAGCCCUCUUGUCUCUCGAAGAUACGACGGAAUUGUUUCGGCGAAAGGUCGCGGAUGCCAGACAAGACACCGAACAUGCGUUGGCUGGAAGCGAGGCCGUCAGCGACGUCGUCAAGCCGAAACUCACCUUGGACCUGGGGCACUCCAACAUCGCUAGAUUGCCCGAAAGUGUGGUAGACCUUAUCAAGACCGAGGUUGAACGGUUGUCGUUAUCCCACAAUCAGAUCUGGCAUAUACCGCUUCGGUUCUCUGAAUGCUCACACCUACGGUACCUCAACAUUCGGUCGAACGUGUUCCGGGAGAUUCCACGAGGGGUGUACAAGCUAGCCCAGCUGGAAAUCUUAGAUAUCAGCAGGAACAAAGUCCGGAAAAUCUCAAGCGACAUCAAAAAUCUGCGAUCCUUACGUGUCUUCUCGGUCGUGCACAAUCGAGUGGAGGAUUUGCCGGUGGAGCUCUGUGAGAUGACAAAGUUGCAGAUAUUGAAGAUUGCAGAAAAUCCCCUGCGGUUCAAGUUGAAAAAGAUUGUGGAGGCCAAAGAAUCCGAAGUCUCGUUCUCAGAAAUGACGGAUCACGAAAGAGAGACUGCCAUCACGCUUGAGAUCAAGCGAUAUUUGAGAGAACUACAUCCCGUCAUCACACCCAUUGACGUUGAAGCGUCUCUCCAACCCGAGGACAACCCGACGGAGACGACACCGAAACCUCUCAAGCGAUCUUUGAGCAGCAGAUUUCCCGUCAUCCCCAGCACCACCAGUGCCGAGUCCUCGUCGGACGCCAAUAAAUCAUCACCGAGCCAAACACUCGCCAACCCACCUCCAGUACCGACCCGCUCACACUAUCGGAUGACGUCCAACACGCAGCCCAUUGCUCUUCGACGGCCAGGCAUCACCCCUCUGAUUAGCCAGAAUAACGAGAGAAACCGGAGCAACAGCGAGAGUGUUCUGCAAGCCUCGGCCGCUGCUCGGCAGAAAAGGAUGGGCAUGCUGCGAAAGGAGAAGCCUGGGUUGGACAGUAUCGACGAGCUCAAGGUUAACCGAAACAGCCAUCUCCGAGGAUUUAGUCACGGCUCCGUCCUGAAACGUAAUGGUGCUCUGUCAUCCCCUGGCGGGAAUAGCUCUUCGAGCCCCAGCAGUCCACGCGAUCCAAGACGACACAGGCUUGCCUUUGUGAAACGGUUGUCGAGCCUCCCGGAACAUAAAGUUGAGACCGAAUGGAACAAUCCCGUCAUCGAAGGUGCCAAAGGCAUAUUAUAUGCGCUGUAUCAGAUCCACCCACAAAUAUCUGGUCUUAUCGCUGCAAUCAGAGGCAAGGACGUGCGGAGGAGCACACUAGAAUUUACCUUCUUCAACGCUUCCACUCAUGUUGACCGGCUCAACUUGGCACUGGAGGACGCCGACGCUGUCGAUCCUGCAGACGCUGAUGCGGUUGAGAAAGUCGAGGACAGCGUUCGACGGGACUGUGCAACCUGCAUCAUGGCCUACACGCACGUAACUGCGCAGCUGCAGGACAACGUCAAGAAAAUAGUGGCGGGGUCUGACGCCCGUUAUGUGCGGACGCUGAUGCUCCUCCUCUACGGAAGUAUGAUUGAGGUCAGGAAUGCAAUUCAAAGCUUUGGGGCGGAUGUGAGAGUCGCACAGGGCCUGGGCCAUAGAAGACAGAUGUCCAGUGGAAACUCGCAUCCUAUCCAGACCAUCCCUGAGGAGUUCAGCACUCCUUUGCAGCCUGUCCGAGCAAUCACACCCACCCGAGACAGAAAUGUUGCUUCCAGGCAAGCUGGGAGAUUGCGCAGUGACACGGCCAUUCAACAUCCAGUUGCCGAUAAUAUUCCAGCAUAUCAAUCGAAUCCUGUACCACCUGCAGGUUCGGCUGGCCUCCCGACUCCGAUUCACUUGACCGGAACCACUUUGAACGGUGGGACUCUUACUGGCACUUCCUCGACCUUUUCAAAUAGUGGCACGCUCACCUCUGCUUCGAGUUCUGGAUUCAGAUCACGAUCAGGGUCACGCACUGGCAAUACGAUGAAUAGCUUCACGUCCUCGUCGGUAGCAAGCACGCCUCAUUCGGGCGAAGUCUUUAGCAUCCCGCCCUCGAAUCCCUUGGCUGCCCGGGUCAAUCCUGCCACGGGUCUCACUGAUGCUCAGGAGGAAGCCGUCUUCGAGCAGAUCUUCCUCGCCCUGACAAAAGCCUAUGAUGCCGCUCUGCACACCGUUCCGCUUGCGAAGGCACAGUUUCUGCGAUGUCUUGAAGUGGCAGAAGAGAAUCGAGAGCCGAAGGCGGUCCACGAUCUAUUAUCGAGCCUGGUCUAUCGCUGCAAAUUAUGUUUCGACAUCAGCGAAGCCCUGCAAAUUCGACUUGUCAAUAUGCGGCUGCAAGAUCCUAGCAUACAAAUCGUCGCCGCUGGCAGCGGUCGGAACGACCCCUCUCUGUGGCUCCUUUGCAAGAACUUCUUGAUGAGUUACAUUGAUCUUCUGACGGAGAUGCGGAUAGCCAAGGCUCAGAGAUGGCUGUCACAGGAGCUCAUUAUGAUGUUGAAACGUGUUCAACAGGCCAGUCGUGAUGCAGGAGCAUUGAUAGAGACGAGUCCCUGGCGGUACCUGGCCAACAGUGCUGCGGCUGCAAUGCCACCACCCAGCGUUUUCGGUGCUAACUCGAACCAGCCGCCCGGCGCGGUGGUCAAUGGCAACGGAUAUCCCAGUACCGUUCACGCAAUGAUUGCCAACGGCGGUAUUGUCUCUCCAUAUCCGCCUAAUACGAUCUCCGCCCAGACCGCAAGCUACCCGCUACAAAGCCCAUUCCCUCCUCCCCUGGCUCCCCCAGUUCCUGGUCUCUCUUCAGCAAACACACCCCACACGGCAACGAGACAAAUGGUCAAUGGCAGCAUACCUUCGAUAUCCUCCAUGUCAAUUCAUUCUACACUACCCGGAUCUGGCGCCGUCAAUGGUAUAAGCCCCGUCUCUGUUCCGCUUCCAGCGACACCGCUCUCGGCAGCCCUCGGGCCGGCCGCCCAAGCAACGGUACCGUACAAUCCAAACGCCAAUCUAAGCUCGAGCACUCUUGCAACACCAACGAGCUCGUCUGCAUUACUGACCCCUCUAGCCACCGUGCCGAGCACACCAGCCAGUGCGUAUGGAGACUCGUUUUUCCGAGGCGACGUGUUUCAGAGAGCGGACAGCCUCCUAAGUAUGCCGCAAAUUGGAGGAGUGAACUUUUUAAACAGGCGAUAA